AUAUACACACAUAGGAAAAGACCAAUGAAGACAGCCAGAUGGUGGUCCGCGGCAAUCUUAUUGUUGGGGCUCGCUGCGCUUGGCGCCGACGGGAGACCCAACAAGGAGGGAUUCAGGUCGCCGCCCUAUCGACCAGUCGUGAGAUUCCGACACAAGCAAGAUGGGAUCCCUGAGAGCCUGAGGAUAAAGGGUUUUAUGGGACACAAUGGCUAUCCAGGUCCGUGUGAACACAAGUACUGUGGCUUGGGGCGUCACUGUGUGGUUAACCAAGACACUGACCAAGGGGAGUGUAAGUGCUUGGAUCACUGUAAACCACACUAUAAACCUGUGUGUGGUUCAGAUGGGAAGCUGUACCAGAACCAUUGUGAGCUCCACCGGGCCUCCUGUCUCAGAGGACAAAGGAUUACCAUCAUGCACAGCGAGGAGUGCUUCUACAAAGAUGACAACUGCAGACUGAGUGACUACCGUCGGCUGAAAAUCAAGAUUCUGGAUUUGCAUGACAAACGAUACAUGGGCUCCAACAUCCAUGGGGCCCACAAGGACAACAUGGCUGCUAGGAAGCAACUGGUUGAUAUGAUGUUCAAACGCUUUGAUACAGAUAACAAUGGUCAAAUAGAUGCCAGCGAACUCUCACAGGUUAUCAAGCAAGAAGGUCUGUCCAAGGAUGUCUCAGAGUGCACAUUGUUCGACCUGCUGAAGUACAAUGAUGUUAAUGACGACGAGCACCUGACAAAAGAGGAGUUUUACACAGCUUUUGAUGUGUACCUGCUCAGCCUCCCAGACGACCAGAAAGUGAGCGUCACCACUGUAACAGUUGGCCAGAGCACCGUUUUGACUUGUGCCAUCACUGGAGAGCGGAGGCCUCCUAUAUUGUGGAAGAGAAACCAUCAAUAUCUGAACUCCUUGAACCUGGAAGACAUCAAUAUGCCGUCCCAGGACUUUGGGGAUGACGGCUCACUAUACAUCACCAAGGUGACCACAACCCACAUGGGCAACUAUACCUGUCAUGCCGAUGGCUACGAGAAACUUUUCCAGACCCACACACUUCAAGUGAAUGUUCCUCCUGUUAUCAGAGUGUACCCAGAGAGCCAAGCGAGGGAGCCGGGCGUCACUGCCAGCCUGCGCUGCCACGCUGAGGGCAUUCCCAGCCCGCAGCUGGCCUGGCUGAAGAAUGGCAUGGACAUCACAACCAAGCUGUCCAAACAGCUCACCCUGCAAGCUAAUGGAAGUGAGGUGCACAUCAGCAACGUGCACUUUGAAGACACCGGCGCCUAUACCUGCAUUGCCAAAAAUGAGGCUGGUGUGGAUGAGGACAUCUCUUCGCUAUUUGUGGAGGACUCUGCGCGAAAAACCUUGGCAAACAUUUUGUGGCGAGAAGAAGGUCUCGGCAUUGGCAACAUGUUCUACGUGUUCUAUGAUGACGGUAUUAAAGUAAUUCAGCCUGUGGCAUGUGAAAUACAACGGCACAUUAAACCCAGUGAGAAACUGCUAGCUCUGCAGGAGGAGGUGUGCCCCACCUCACCAGGAGAAGAGGUUCAGAGGUGUGUGUGGUCAUCGGCGGUCAACAUCAAGGACAAGUUUAUUUAUGUGACACAGCCAACCCUGGACCGAGUGCUCAUAGUUGACAUCCAGUCUCAGAAGGCUGUCCAGACCGUCAGCACCGACCCAUAUCCUGUGAAGCUUCACUAUGACAAAUCUCACGACCAGGUGUGGCUGCUCAGCUGGGGAGACAUGGAGAAGAAUUUCCCUACUCUCCAGGUGAUCAGUCAAGCCAGUGGAAGAGUCUCACAUCACACCGUUCACACACAGCCAGUCGGCAGACGCUUCGACAGGGUGGACGACUUCUUCAUUCCCGCCUCCAGCCUCAUCAUUAACCACAUCAGAUUUGGCCUCAUCCUUCAUCGAAAUGAGCCUGUUCUCCACAAGAUCGACCUGGAGACGACAUCGUAUGUGAAGAACAUCAGUUUACAGGAGUAUAACUGCAUCCCCAAGUCUAUAGCGUACACCCAUCUUGGCGGCUACUACUUUGUCAACUGCAGGCCUGACUCCACCGGCGCCACGCAGCCCCAACUCAUCUUGGACAGUGUAACAGAUAGUGUGAUCGGCCAAAACCAUGACGUCACCGGCACUCCCUACGUGUCUCCAGACGGCCAUUACUUGGUCACUGUAGAUGAUGGCGACGGCCUAAUGAGGAUCCAAAUAAUCUCAGAGCGGGGAGAGAUCCAAGAGCCCUUUGACAUCCACACCAACCUGCACCUUUCUGAUCUGGCUUUCCAGCGCUCCUUCACUGAAGUCCACCAGUACAACGUGUUUGGCAGCUCUGGCCGUCAAACUGACGCUCUGUAUGUGGAGUUGAGCACCGGCAAAGUCAAGAUGAUAAAGAGCUUGAAAGAGGCCACCAAGUCGUUCGACUGGCAAUGGAGCAGUAGAAACAGGGUAAUGGCGGGCAGUGGACUGUUCGGACAGUACCUUAUGACCCCCUCCAGAGAGUCCCUCUUCAUCCUGGACGGACGGCUCAACAAGCUCAACUGUGAGAUCACUGAUGUCCUUAAAGGCAACGUGGUAGUGUGGGUCGGGGAGUCUUAGGUCAUAAAGUUAAGACCCAAUGAGCUUUCUUUUCCUCAAAA